AUGCAGAUCUAAGAUAACAUUUAAAACUUUAGUUUUCUUGUGAACUCAGAUGAAAGAGACCAGGGAGUCAGCAAUCGAUAUGGAAGUCACAAGCUUCUGGUUAAAAGGACACAGCUGAGAGACAAGAUCAGAUCAUUUCUAGCACCAAGGCAUUCUGAGAUACCAUAGUAGCCCAGAAGAGACAAUGCUAAAUAGCUAGAGUAUGUGCCACUUAGCAAGACCUUUGUUCCCUUUUUGAAUGAGAGGAAUAAUGUAGGCUAGAUCAGGACACUGCUGGUCAAAUAAUUAUUUUAUAGCACCAAGAGGUAUAAUGAUAAAAGUGAUGAUCCAUACAAUGGUGAUCUAAGAUCGAUGAACAAAACCAGUAUAAUAACAUCUUCUAGGAACGAACAAAGUGAAAGCUCAUCUGAUUCAGAGGCAGGUGACUAUGUUAUGGAUAAUUUUCCCAAUUAUGAAAAUAUUAAAUUCACAAGAAAUACUCUUGAUUCUAGGGAUAAAAAGCAGUCAGUCUCUCAGAUAAAUUUGCUCAAUCUUGAGGCACUGCGCCCAAACCAUGAUUAUCAGUAAUAAAUAGCUCAAUCCAGUAGUGAAAUACUCAGACUAAGACAGAGAUCUGGAUCUCUCUUAAGAGGAGUCGCCAAUCCUAUUAUGUUUGGCCUAGCAUCAAGGAAAAUAAGUGAAUAAAUAUAGCAGGAUUUACUGCAGCAGUCAAAUAGAGAAUCAUUACUUUAAACUAUUAACAAUGAUUCAACUAAUGAAACCACAUCUCCUUAAAAGCAAAGUAAUUCAAGACUUGCCAACAAUUGUGCUGACUUAAACACUUUAAAUCCUCAGUCUCUUAUAUCAGAGAAUCCUUAUGGCUAGAUCAUAGGUAACAGUAAGCUAAGUUAGAUUGGAAAUUCAAACACUACAUCUUAGGUGGCAUUUUAAAAUUAAAAUCUUUUGAAAGAAUAACAAGCUAAACUCUUGGCAAAACUAUUACCUAAAAGUCAGACUUUAAGGAAUCAGAGUAUAUCAUCAGGUGGUGAUGUGUUAGACUAAAGUGGCAAAUCUCCCAAUAAUCCUAAUGUUUACCAAAGUAUAAUUGAGUCUUCAUAUCUCUAAGAUAAUAAGUCACUUGACUCAAUUGUUGAUGAUUAAAAAGACAAUAGAUCUUUGUGCCAAGUUAAUUACUCCUUCAAUAGAACAAAAAAUAAGCAUGCUGCACCAAAGUAUAAGACACCGAUUAGGACCCUGAGAGUUAAUUAUGCUAAUUCUGAGUCAAAGAUCCGAGAGAACAACCCACUAGUCCAUGAUGAUCCCUCAAGUCAUUUUAAAAACAUACCUAAAACUUAUUUAGUAAAAUAUAAUGUGACUCCAGCACCAAUGAACUAUUCUAUCUCAGCAUUAGAAUAGGAAAAGACAACAUAUCGGAAAGUAAGUAUACCUUUCGGCUUUAGUAAAUCUCGAAUUGAAAAGUGUGACUUUUUCUAUCCCUAUUCUAAGAAAGAGUUCGAGCAAGGCUAUCAUAAUAACCUGAGCAACCACAAUUACUCAUACUUUGCUGAACAGCCAAGUUUCAGUUUUGGCAAGACUUCAAGCAGAGAUCAAUCUUCAUAUCUGAAGAGUGUAGUUGGUAUCUUGAAUAAUAUAAAGGAACAGAGAGAUUAAUAAAAAAUACACAGACGAUAAACUCAUGCCUUAAAGGAGUAUCUGUAAGAAGAGUAAUUAAAGAGAAAUAUGAACAAAAUGCUUCCAAGUGAAUAGCAGUUGCAAAAUCAGAAUAAAUCUUACAACAGAAGAUAAAUGGACAUUGAGAUUAAGUAAAACUCUGAUUAAAUUCUAUCUUGGGCUAAGUAAUAAAAGCGCUUUUGGAAGGAAGUUGAUACAUAGGUCGAAGACCCAGAAUUUAAGUUCAAGGGACAGCUAAAGUAGUCAUUUGCUACUACAGUUAAUAAAUAUCCAGCUGUCAAAGAUCCAUUUUACAAGAAUAAAUCUUAGUAGCUUUUGAACUGA